ACGUGGCCGCCGCCUGUGCCCGCCGAGGAGGCGCUCGGAGCGGAGAUGGCGGCGCAGCUGAAUGUAGAGCAGCAGCUCGAGGUGUCGCUCGACGGCCUCACGCUGAGCCCGGACUCGGAGGAGCGGCCCGGCGCGGAGGGUGCCCCGCUGCUGCCGUCGCCGCCCUCGCCUCUUGGGACUGGACGGGGCCCUGGCGCAGUGGGGCAGCAGCCGGAGCCCGGGGAGGCGGCGGCGGCUGAGGGCGCGGCCGAGGAGGCGCGGCGGAUGGAGCAGCACUGGGGCUUCGGCCUGGAGGAGCUGUACGGCCUGGCGCUGCGCUUCUUCAAAAUAAAAGAUGGCAAGGCUUUUCAUCCAACUUAUGAAGAAAAACUGAAGUUUGUGGCACUGCACAAGCAGGUUCUCUUGGGUCCAUAUAACCCAGACACUAGCCCUGAGGUUGGAUUCUUUGACGUGUUAGGGAAUGAUAGGAGGAGAGAAUGGGCAGCCCUGGGGAACACAUCCAAGGAGGAUGCCAUGGUAGAGUUUGUGAAGCUUCUAAAUAGGUGUUGUCCUCUCUUUUCGGCCUAUGUUGCUUCCCACAGGAUAGAGAAGGAGGAAGAAGAGAAAAGAAGAAAGGCGGAGGAGGAGCGAAGGCAGCGUGAAGAGGAAGAACGAGAGCGUCUGCAAAAGGAAGAAGAGAGACGGAAGCGUGAAGAGGAGGAAAGGCUUAAACGGGAGGAAGAGGAGAGGAGGCGAAUAGAAGAAGAAAGGCUUCGACUGGAACAGCAAAAGCAGCAGAUAAUGGCAGCUUUAAACUCGCAGACUGCCGUGCAAUUCCAGCAGUAUGCAGCCCAGCAGUAUCCAGGGAACUACGAGCAGCAGCAGAUUCUCAUCCGCCAGCUGCAGGAGCAGCACUAUCAGCAGUACAUGCAACAGUUGUAUCAAGUUCAGCUUGCACAGCAACAGGCGGCAUUACAGAAGCAACAGGAAGUAGCAGUGGCUGGGGCUUCAUUGCCUGCAUCAUCAAAAGUGAAUGCAGCUGGAGCAGGUGAUAUGAUGUCAGUUAAUGGACAGGCCAAAACCCACACUGUCAGUUCCGAGAAAGAAACUGAGCCAGAAGUGGCAGAAGAAGCCUUGGAAAAUGGACCAAAAGACUCUCUUCCAGUGAUUGCCGCUCCAUCCAUGUGGACAAGACCACAGAUCAAAGACUUCAAGGAGAAGAUUCGGCAGGAUGCAGAUUCUGUGAUUACAGUACGCCGAGGAGAAGUGGUCACUGUUCGAGUCCCCACUCAUGAAGAAGGAUCAUACCUCUUCUGGGAAUUUGCUACAGACAGUUAUGACAUUGGGUUUGGGGUCUAUUUUGAAUGGACAGACUCUCCAAAUGCUGCCGUCAGCGUGCAUGUCAGCGAGUCCAGUGACGACGAGGAGGAGGAAGAAGAAAAUGUUACUUCUGAAGAGAAAGCCAAAAAGAAUGCCAACAAACCUCUGCUGGAUGAGAUUGUGCCUGUGUACCGGCGGGACUGUCAUGAGGAAGUGUAUGCAGGCAGCCACCAAUAUCCAGGGAGGGGAGUCUAUCUCCUCAAGUUUGAUAACUCCUACUCUUUGUGGAGGUCCAAGUCAGUCUACUACAGAGUCUAUUAUACUAGAUAAAGCAGAUGUUACAGAGCCUGGAGUCUAAAGUUGGGCAAAAGAUGACAUUUAGUUUCUUUUGACUUUUGUGGCACAUUGGAGUUGGUGUUUACCCUCUUGAUCUUGUUGCAGUGGUUUAUGGACUCUUGCUGGGAACCAGGAUUUCCUGAGACUCUUUAGCAUUGAUGCUGUGAGGUUAAAAGCAGCUCUGAAGACUCAUCUAGGCCUUGGGUGCUGACCAGCAGAGCCACUAGUGGAUACUGGAGGUGUGUGAGCUCUGUGGUAAAUAUUCAGUCUCCAUAAUAAAUGGCCCAGCGUUGACCGGA